GUAUUAUUCUUUCAAGUUUGCACACGAAGAACAGUUUUCCUGCAAGGCGUCUUCGAGAGCGGAGAGAGUGCUUCACGCUUCAGGCUGUCUCCCGGGCAGACGGCGACUUGACCUAGAGAGGCGCCAUCCCUGCUGUGUGCGUGUCACGCUCUGUGUCUCGCAGCGUGCGUGCUGGGUGCGUUGGAAUCGGCAGCUGGUUGCUCUCUCAUACUAAAUAAAACAAGCUGCUGUAGAGGCUGUGCCAAGCUGCUACGGAGCAUCGACCGAGGCAUCAUGGUCCUUGGGACGAUCAUCUUUGCUGGCGUGGCUGGCGUGAUGCUGGGGUGGAACAUUCACGUCAUGCGAAAGAACGGGGUCUGCUGUCCCCCUCCACGAGCGGAUGGCACUCCAGAGUCGUCGUCUCGCGCGGUAUCGGAAAGCCCGCACCUCCGCAGACGCCGGCACCGCUCAUCCAGCAGUCGUAACAGGGCGCACAAGGACAAGGAGGCGGACUUGCGACGCCGGGCUAAGAAGGCGGGGGUCGGCGGCGGCGGCGGCGGCGGCGGUUCGGGGUCGACCAAGGUCAUGAUGGACGCCGUCCAAGAGCAGCAGGAGGAGGCGCAGCAGGCUCCGGCGUUCGGCAUGUCGACGGAAGCGACGGGGAGAGUAAACGGGGGAGAGGAAGGAGCCCCCCCGGGGCAGUGAAACCCCCCCCAAGACGGAGCCGGGUUAAGGCUGCCCUGCAGGGAUAACCUCAACAGUAUCACGGGGUGGCGAUACAAGAAUCGGGCCGCGGUAAGGCUACCCUGCAAGGAUCGUGUCAACAGCAGUCCCAAAGGGUGGCGGUAUGAGCGGCUUGGGCGGUAGAGGCAUUAAAGAACGAGACUCUAUUUUGGUUCCCGUUUGGCAUGCUGGUGGUCAUUCGGCCUGGCUUAGGGUUUUCGGCCCACACGUCGUACGCCGUGUUGUCCACCUGGCGAGUUUUUGUGUGGGGUGUGCUGGGCACUUCCUCGUCGCAGAUCAGCGUUUUUUGGGUGUGUAAUCGUUGUGGAAGGUGGUUUUCGAGUGAGUCGCGUGGUCGUGCUGGUUCCUUUGGGUUUCUCAACUAGUGCAUGGUCGGACUUAUUUUUUGAUGUUUGGUAAUAUGCGUUGCCGUCCCCGCGUUUCCCAUUUGGGGAGGGGGGGGCGUUUUCCGUUUGGGGAGGGGGGGAGGUGCAG